AUGAGAUUCAUAGAUGCUAGAAAAAUAAACAAAUUUAUUAAUGAAAAUAUUAACUGCCCUUCACAAUUGGGAGAAUUUUCAACUUUGGAACCAAAAUCAACAAGUCGUUUUUCCAUACAAUAUUUAGGAAAUACAGCUUUUUUCAAAACAUCAAAAGAAAUGCUUAAAAUGAUGCUUAAAAAGAGAUACCGUCUUCGAAUAACCUGUUAUAAAUUGGUAUUUUUAAUAAUUUUUACUCUACCAACGAUUUUUAUAAUAUUACAGAGCAACUUAGAAGUAUCUUCAAUUAAUUUAACUGAUUUAACUUUUAAACCCUCAAAAUUUCCAUUUUUAUCAAGUACUAUAGAGUAUGUGGACACUAAACGAGCUUUGGUAGAUUUAGAUAUAUCCAAAAAUAUCCACUAUAAUCCUAAUAGCAGUCCAAUUAAUUCAAGGAUAAUAAAUGAAAAAUAUAGUAAAUAUGAAGUUAAAGGGUUUGUUUCUAAUUUAAAUUCAGAAAAACUUAAAGCCAAAAAACACAAAAAAUCUCAUAAAGAUAAAUUAGAUAUUAAUAAUUUUAAAAAUUCGGAUGGUGAAAUCAUAUCUGUUAAAAAUUUUGAAACAUUAUUAUCUGAUGAUUACAGUUCAUUAACUACAUGUGAGGAUUUGGCAUUUACCUCAAGUAUUUCUUAUUCAGACAAUAGAACUGUCAUUGGAGAGAAUAUAUUCUCACUUCGAGAAGAAAUCUUGAAUAGUACAAGUUUCUUGAAAGAAAUCCUGUAUGAAAAUGAUGAAUUAGAAAGAGAGAAUGAAGAGAUAGUCAAUAAAAGGUGGAACCAAUUUGGUACUUCUGGUGUGUGGUUAGAAGGUGAACAAUGUUAUAUAACUGCAAGUCGUAUCAUGUAUUCCAAAUCUGAAAGUAAAUCUGACCCAACUGUAUCUUUCAUAAGAUUACAAGCAUUUGAUAGAGAUUGGAAUGAGAUUAAAAAUAAAAGCAUAUUAAAAUUUGAUGCUCCUGACAUUAUUCAAAAUACGCUAAGAAAAUUCGAAAAAGAAUUAUCUAAAGAGGUUGAUUGUGAACAAAUUUAUCGUGAGAAAGAUGUAAGCAAUACAGAAUACGAACAAUGUAUUGAAAAUAAGGACUACUUUGAACAAUUGAAAGUUAGGAAGAAUACUCUGUUAAGAAGGUAUUAUGUAACUUACCCAACAAACUAUGAUGUUCCAUUUAAUCUACCAGAAAAAUUUGCCGGCCCAGAAGAUCCAAGAAUUAUUCUUAGAAGGACAAAAAAUGUAGAAGAACCUAUUAUUAUUUUUAAUAUGAAUGAUGGUGAGAGUAGAAAAAUGCAUGCAUAUCUACCUCAUCGUAAUGUAAAUAAAGUAGUCAAGUUUAGGUUUGAAAACAUGAAUCAUGAUACAGAAAAAAAUUGGGCUCCAUUUUUCACAGAGCAAGAUCUUCAGCUAGACUCUAUUUUGUCUCAUGGAUCUAUCCAUCUUGUAUAUAGACUUAAUCCUUUAGAAAUUGCUAGGUGCUCUUUGGAUGAUGGGCUGUGUGAAAAGGUUUUUGAAAAGAGUACAUUAGAAUUAUCAAAACAAAGUGUAAACACCGAUAUUCGUGGUGGUACGCAAUUCAUUCCUUUACCCAGUAGUAUACCAAAAAUCAAUGGAAAACAAAUUUGGGUCGGAUUCACAAAGAUACAUUUAAGAGGUUGUGGCUGCUCAGAACAUUAUUAUAGGCCAAUGCUAAGUGUAAUGGUUGAAAAGCACGGUGUUUACCAUCAAGAUCUAGUGGUGCCCAAUCUUUCUUUCGAAACAGAUGUCAUAAACUGGCAGGCUGAUGGGACUAAAUGCAAUAGAGGUAAUAAUAUUAUGUCUCCCAAUUCAAUUGCUGCAUGGGAAGUUGUAGGACAAGAUCCCUUUACCAAGAAAAUAGAUGAUUAUAUGGUAUUUACAUAUAGUGAGUCUGAUAAGGUAUCAAGUGUUAUUACCAUAAGAGGUGUUCUAGAAUAUAUUAUUAGAGUUUACGGUGAAACAGAUGUUGAUGAAGACUUUAUACCCUCCCAGGAAUCGGACACAAUUUUGGGGAAGUCACUCAACUGUUUUGUAGACUUUUCAGUACAUUUGUGCAAACAAUAUGGUAAGGCCCACUAG